AUGAACUCGGCAGAUGAAAUUGAAGUCCAGAGCGGCAGCGAUUCAAAUCACAAGGACCAAAGCAAAAAGACAGAAAACAAGGGCUCUUCGAAUAUUGUGGAGUACUCGGAUGUUAGUUCGUCAGAGUAUUCGGAUCCAGAAAUUGAAAAUUGUCCAAAGACAAACGAGGUGCCUUCCCAAAAAAGGGAUGCGCAGCAGGAUGUUUACAUAAGUAGCGAUGAAGACACAUACAGGGGUAAUCGAAAAGAGAGUUUUGAAAACUCAACGAAACUUUCACCCAAUCAUGUGAGACGAAUAAUUCUUGGCUCACCUGUGAGAACGGCAGCCAAACCUAGCGUUGCCGAUAAACACAAAAUGGGUAAAGACUUGGACAAGACUGUUGAAGAGCAAAUCGAUCUUUGUGAAACAAGUCUCAGAAGCUCAUCAGUUCUGUCUAGCCCAUCUGUAGUGCACAUACCACAGAAGAAUCCAGCUGAGGAAUCUGACUGGGAUGUUGGUUUAGAGCAAUUCCUAUCGAGCGGAACAAUUGACACAGAUGAAUUGGAAGCUGAAAUGAAGCGACAAAAAAGAAAAAAGUUGAAAAAAGACAAGAAACACAAGAGAAGUCGCAAAUCAAAGAAACGCAAAAAGAAGCGAGCCAAGUCUUUCUCAAGCAUUGAAUCAAUAUCCGAUAAUGAUCUUGAUGAUGUACUGGAUUCCUCAGUUUCACUAAGACACUACACACCGCCUCCGGUAAGUGCCGCAUCUGCGAAAAGUCCCACAUAUACACCUGAAAAGCAACGCAGCCCACAUACGACUGAAACGCCUCCGCCAAUACGUUCCGACAGCGGUCAUAAUUACUAUUCAAAAUCUGUAAAUCUGGCUGCAACGGGAGUCAGUGGUGCAGGGUCUUCGGCAGUUGGUACUGCAAACAAUGUCGUAGGCUUGCAAGUAACAGUUACCAAUCGCAUCUCUAGUUCUCGCCAUCGUACACCGACUCGUUCCUCUGGAACCAAAAGCCGCUUUCCAAGUGCUCAUUCUCCGCACACUCCCCCUCUAUAUUCGGGCGCUGGCUCUAUAGGAAAUCGUGAUUCUCGAAGUGCCCGUUAUGUUUUGAGUCCGAGUAAAGACGACCAUCGGCAUCAUCAUCACCACCACGAACAUGAUGCAUCUAUAAGUUCUAGCGGUUCGCACUAUCAUCCGCGACAGCCAUCCGGUGCUGCUGUUUCCGACAGCCAUAAAUAUAAAGACACAGAUAGCUACUAUCACCAUCAACCAUCGACACCUCCGCAUAAGAAAAGAAAAAUGCACGAGAGUCGAACGUCCUCGUCAUCAUAUUACGAUCGAAGUCAUCACAAAUCAAGUAGUUCACGAAGUAAGCGAACAGUUGACUACGAUCGUUACGGAAGGCGUUUUACAAGAAGCCCCAGUUUUCCAGGGGGCAAGGGAAGACAGUCGUCCCCAGUUCCAUCCACGACAUAUCGAGAUAGUACUUAUAAAUACAAGUAUCCAGCCUCACCGUCACCAGGACGCUCUAAGUCAUCGAAACGUAGUGACCGUUACGCUUCACGAUCCCGUUCCCCCAGACCUUCCAGAUAUGCCAAAUCUCCCUCUCACUCUCCGACCAGCGUUUCUCAUCAUUACCAUCGUUCUCGCCGUUCAUCGUCAAGGUAUCGGCGAUCUCGUUCCAGUCAUUCUGGCGGUAGCCCGUCAAGAAGUCGUUCAAGAUCACCGCGUGAUUUGAAACAGAAACGCAUUGACUAUAGCAAAAAGAUAAGUGAAACAAGUCUCUUUGCGGAACUGGUAAAAGACAAACACAAACGCCAAAAGGCCCUGCAGGAGAUCAUCGAAAAACAAGAAGAGAAUAGCAACAGUAACGGGGCAAUGGUAGUAAACGAUAACAGCUCGUCCAUGGACAGCAAUCAGACCAAGUCAGCUACCAAUGAAAUCACAAUUGGUGACGAGGGUUCUUCUAAGCCGACUCAACAACCAAUAAUCGCAUCAAAUGCAUCAGCGAGUGCGCCGGUAUCAAAUGAUGGAGUUAAAAAGACUGCAGUGGACAUAAAGAACAUUCCAAUGCCACAAUUGUUCAGUCCAAAUGGCACUGAUGAAACAGAUCGAGCAAAAAGCCAAUCGAAACAAGAACAAGACGUUGCCGUUGCCGUUAAACCGAGCAAACCCAAGAGUCUGACUGCGUUGCCGAUGCCACCAGGAACAACGGCUGCAGAUUUGGCGGUGCCCACAACACCAUCUCCACCUAGUCGUCAGUUACAAAGUGCUAAGCAUGCUGCCGCAACAAAUGCAAAUAAGAAAGCAGCGACAACACCUGCAGCCGCCGCACCAGCCAACAAAAGCUUACUCAAUUUGCCAAUGCCUCCAAUGGUUCCCGGCGGCGAGGAUCUCAGUGGUGACGACGAACUCAUAAACAGUCCCGAAGACUUUGAUAAUUUAGGAAAUAACAAUACCAGCAGCGAACCGCAAGCAGGUCGAAACGAUAAAUCCCAAAAAGCUGAAAACAACACGAAACGAAAGCGACCGGUUAUUCUCAACCGAAGAGAUUCGCGCAACAAUGUUCGAGACUGGGGCGAGCGUUGUGUCGAUGUUUUCGAAAUGAUUGCGCAAAUCGGCGAAGGUACAUACGGCCAGGUGUACAAGGCACGCGACAACAUCACAAAAGAGAUGGUUGCUCUGAAAAAAGUACGAAUGGACCAUGAAAAGGAGGGCUUUCCCAUUACAGCAGUUCGUGAAAUAAAAAUUCUGCGACAGCUAAACCAUCCCAAGAUAGUCAAUUUACACGAGGUUGUGACCGACAAGCAGGACGCACUUGAAUUCCGCAAAGACAAGGGUUCCUUCUAUUUGGUAUUUGAAUAUAUGGACCACGAUUUGAUGGGUCUUUUGGCGUCCGGCAUGGUUGACUUCAACGACGAAAACAAUGCAAGCAUAAUGAAACAGCUGCUCGAUGGCCUGAAUUACUGUCACAAGAAGAAUUUCCUACAUCGGGACAUCAAAUGUUCCAAUAUUUUAAUGAACAAUAAGGGUCAAGUGAAACUUGCCGAUUUUGGACUUGCUCGUUUGUAUAAUGCCGAUGAUCGUGACCGGCCAUACACAAACAGAGUUAUCACGCUGUGGUACCGACCGCCGGAACUAUUACUGGGCGAGGAGCGUUAUGGUCCAGCUAUUGAUGUGUGGUCGUGCGGUUGUAUAUUGGGAGAGCUUUUCCUGAAGCGACCACUGUUCCAGGGCAAUUAUGAAAUGGUGUUGUUGGAAAAUAUUUCCAAGGUUUGUGGAUCUCCUGUUCCGGCCGUCUGGCCAAAUGUUAUCAAAUUACCCCUAUUCAAUACACUGAGACAAAAGAGAAUAUACCGAAGACGUUUGAGGGAAGAUUUUGAAUUUAUGCCCACGCCAGCCCUUGAUUUGCUUGAUAGAAUGUUGGAGCUAGAUCCCGACAAACGUAUAACGGCUGAAGAUGCUCUAAAAUCCGAAUGGUUAAAGAAUGUCAAACCCGAAGAGAUGUCGGCUCCAAUUUUGCCAACGUGGCAGGAUUGUCACGAAAUGUGGAGCAAGAAACGAAGAAAACAAGAGCAACAGCAACAACAGCUGCAGCAGCAGCAACAACAAAAUGCUGGUGGCGGUAAACAUUCAUCGGCUCUAGCAGAUGUCUGA